CAGCCUCCCUGGUACAACCGAAUCGAAGCACUCCUCGUUGUUCAUUGCUCCCAAGUAACCACGUGACUGCAUUACCAUCAGGAACUACGAUAAUGACUCAAUCCUCCUACUUGAUGUCAUUUAUCCGAAAUCUUAUGGAAAAUAGUUCCAAAGAUGUCCGCGAAAAGAAGAAAAAGCAGCUAGAGACUGAUUUUUCUGAGACUGGAUCUGUGUUGAACACCUGUCUAGUGGAGAGGUUCGAAGAAGUGACAAAGGUUUUGAACGUCUACAACGCUGUUUCUAGCCGUGUGUCAGCGAACAUAUCGGCCGUAAACAAAAUUAAACGGGACCUCUUGGCUUGCAAAACUCUGUUAUAUUGCAAUCGCGAAGAAUUAAGGCGGCUUUGGAUCGAGCUAGUGGAGCAGCGCGCUUGCAUCGAAUUGUUGGAUACGUUGGCACUCGUUCAAUCCGCUCCAGAUGCUAUAUCAACUUUAGUCACUGCCCGUGCAUGGUCAGAGGCUACCGAACUUAUACUACGUGCUUCAGAACUAUUAAACUCUGAUAUUGCCGUUAUUCCUGCCCUUGUUUCUGUCAAGACAAGUCUGGCUCACAAACAUAAGUUUAUUGCGGAUCACUUAAAAAAGCAGCUGCUUUCGGUUUUGUACGAUCGGCCGGUCUCUUUAGUGCUCGAGAAGUACACGAAACAUUCAUCCACCCAAAAAUCUGGGAUGAAACACCAUGACACUAGCCCCACGCAACAAAAGUCGCCGUGUUUUCUCACGUCAUCACAGUUUGCAUCCUUACCUCUGGCUUCCUGGCAUACAACGAACAUCUCCCCUCCAAUUGCCGAUCCGAACCUACACAAAAAUCCCCUCAUUGCUGCUCAGUCGAUUGCCGCUAACGUUUCUGCCCACUAUGACCAAAACGCCUCCCAACUUAGAGCUUCCGACGAAUUUUCGGAUGUUGAUUGGACGCGUGAACUGAUCGCCGUUGUACAUUGCUUGGCUCGACUGGACAAACUUCCUCAGAUUCUGGCUUGUUGGGCACCUCAGUAUCAGCUGUCGCAGUUGCAGCACUCAGUCAGCGGCUCGACUCAGCCUAUCUUCUCUGCACCUUUGGUCCCAGGGCAGGGGCUUCUCGGGGAAUUGCAUCGUUUCAUUGUUCUGAAAGCAGUCAAUGCAGUGGAGUCGGAGGCAAUUGCUCAAGGCGACAAGGAACUUCUGUGUGAAUUCUCAUCACCCAAAUAUUUGAUCUUGCUUUUGCACCUGAUUUUCAACGCUCUGUUCAUUCAAACUCGUGCCUGCUUGCUCGUCAUUCGUACAAUGAAGGCUAUUAAUCCGGUAAGCUCUGACUCGGCUGAGUUUGCCCUUUCCGAAUACUUGAUUUCCGUUGACUAG